AUGGCUGAACCAAAAACAGCCCUUACAUCUUCCCCAGAGUCACCACUACCCCCAAUAGCCGCAGUCGACGACGACGUAGCCCAAAUCCCGACCUGGCGAAAAUGGGUUAUCCUCUUCGUAGUAUGCUGGAUGCCCCUCCCCAUGACAUUCUGGAGCACCGCCAUAAUGCCCGCCACACCGGAAGUAUCCUCCGACCUCAACAUACCCGUAACCACCAUAACGACCAUCAACGCUGGUGUUUUUGUAGCGCAAGCUUUAUCUGGGCUGAUCUGGCUGCCUGUUACACCUCUUCUGGGUAGUAUCAUCGCGACAUUCACCAGCUGGCGAGUCAUCUACGGUGUUGAAGCCGGGAUGUGUCUCUUUGGUCUCAUUCUUUCUCUGUUGUUCAUCCCCAAAGCCAGUGAAGUUGAGAACCCCAAAUUAGCUGAGACGGCACGUCCCCGAACAGCCAAAGAGAUUCUCCGGACCUUCAACCCGAUGCACGUAUUUUGUCAAUUCAAAUAUCCCAAGGUCAUCCUCGCUAACAUCGCCUGCGGUCUCCUCGGCUUCAACCAAUACGCCAUCCUCUCCUCCAUCCGCCGCGUCAUAAACCCUCGCUUCAAUCUCACGUCGCCUCUCUCCAGCGGUCUCUUCUACCUCGCUCCCGGCGCUGGAUUCCUUGUCGGAAGCACAGUCGGCGGUAAAGUCUCCGAUGUUGUCGUCAAGCGAUACAUGCGAAAACGAAACGGACAGAGAAUCCCUGAAGAUCGCUUGAACAGCAGUCUAGUCAGUGUUCUAAUCAUUCUUCCUCUUGGGACGUUGCUCUAUGGAUGGAGUGUCUAUCAUAGACUUGGCGGUAUGGCGCUGCCAAUUAUCAGCGCGUUUAUUGAAGGUUUUGGUCUCAUGGCGUCGUUUAGUGGGCUGAAUACAUACGCAGCUGAGGCUCGCCCAGCACAUAGAACAGCAGUCAUCACAGGAAAAUACGUUGUACAGUAUAGUUUCGGCGCAAUGAGCGUUGGCGGCGUCGUCCCCAUGAUUGACAGCAUCGGCGUAGGCUGGGCCUUCACCGUUAAUCUUCAACAAGUACUUCAGGUUGAAAAGGCUUGCAAGAUGUAUCGCGAUUUAUUGCUUCUCAGUUCAUUCUUGGGCUUCACCCUCGCGCAAAGUGGCGCUGAUCCGUACGCCCCAGUCUACACAACAUGUCCCUCGUCCCUCAAAAUCCGCAGCGCAAAAGAUGGCCUGUCUGAUGAAGAAUCGUCUUGGCGUGAACAACGCGCUAAGCAGAUGAUUCCCAACCUCGAAGACUACCUCAAACUCGCCAACAUUUCCGACUUCAAUGUCACAAACUAUAUAAACAAGCUCAAGACUGACGAUGUCCCCAUCGUUGGGUUAUCUGUCUCCGGUGGAGGCACACAGUCUGGUCUGGGAGGACUAGGCGUCUGGCAAGCCUUUGAUGCGCGGUCUGCCAUCGCAAGAGCUGCAAGGACAGGCGGCUUGACGCAGCUCUUCUCAUACAUCACCGGUCUAUCCGGCGGAGGUGCCGUCACCGUAUCCCUUCUCGCCGCAAACAAUUUUACCACAACAGACGGUGUCAAAAAAGCAUCCAACUUCUCUCUCGACUACGCCUCCGGUCCAGACGGCAACCAAACAGCCUUCUUCACCAGCAUAUUCGAAAACAUGGGCGCAAAACACGAAUCCGGCUUCCCCGUCUCCGUCGCAGACACAUUCGGUCAAUUCUGGGGAACAUGGCUCCCCGAGGAUAAAGUAUACAGCAACUACUCCGACACCGCCUCCAAAAACACAGCAUUUUCUCUCGGCGACGCUCCAAUGCCAAUUGUCUGCUUCGCAGAAGUGAUCCCCGGAAAAUCCCCCGAGAUCGGAAAGCUCAUGUACCUGGGCUUCAACAAAUCCACUCGCUUUAACCUGACAGCAUAUGAAGUCACACCCUUUGAGUUUGGAAGUUGGGUCGGCGGCCGCGUGCAGGCGUUUAUCCAGACCAAGUUCCUGGGAACUUCUAUGACGCAGGGCAAACCGCAGAAUAAGAGUGAAUGCGUGCAGGGCUUCGAUAAACUUACGCUCAUGCAGGGAACGACUGCUAAUGCGUUUACGGCGUGGUUUAUUGAUUCGUUUUAUGGAAUUCCGGUGUUUGCGAAGAGAUGGUUGGAGAAGAGACAGAAGGUUAACCCGGAUAUCAACGAUGUGUCUAUUCCGAGGGAUCAGUAUGAUAAUCCGCUUGUUGAGCUUGUGAAUGAGACGGCGAUGUAUUUUGAUUUGACGUUUAAUGAGUCGUUGUGGGCGACGUAUCCGAAUCCGUUUGAGGAUUAUAAUGAGGAUAUGAAGGGUGUUUCGGAGCUUCUUCUGGUCGACGGGAGUCUUACGCUUGAGAGUAAUCCUCUUCGUCCGUUGAUCAUUCCUGAGCGCAAGCUUGACUUGAUCAUUGUCUACGAAGCUUCAUCCGAUGCGCCUAACUCUUGGGUCAACGGAACCAACCUCAUCAACACCGCCCUCACCGCAUCCCAAGGCAACAUCCCCUUCCCCAAGAUCCCCGACGUAAACACCAUCGUCGCCCAAAACCUCUCCUUCCAACCAACAUUCUUCGGCUGCAACGCCUCAUCCUCAACACCCCUCCUCCUCUGGCUGCCCAACGCCCCAUGGACAGGGUACACCAACUACUCGUACACACAAACCCAAUUCACACCGAACCAAGUCGACAUUGCGCUUGAAAACGCAUUCCAGGUAGCUACGUACGGUAAUGGGAGUGUGGAUGAGAAUUGGCCGGCUUGUUUGGCUUGUGCGGCGAUUAAGGGCUCGUUGAGAAGGUUGGAUAUUGAGAUACCGAAACAGUGUGAGGAGUGUUUUGAGAGGCAUUGCUGGAAUGGGACUGUUAGUGAUAGGAAGGCUAUGGCGGGGGAUUUUGAUCUUAGGCCGAGAUUGGAUCCGGAGUUGAGCUUUGCGAAGUGGAAUGAGAGUGAUUGGGAGAAGGAGGAGAGUUCGGAUGGUGGAGGUGGAAGUGGAGGGGAUGACUCGGCUGGUGUUAAGCUUGGUAAUGGUCUGGUUGGACUGGUUCUGUCGCCGGUGGCGAUGGUUUCACUGCUGUAG